GAUGAUGAGUCCUGAGCCGGGUGGUGAGGGAGAGCUCUGUCUGGGGACCCGGCUGGCCGAAGAGGCCGGGAUGAUUUGGGGCAAUCUAGGUGACCAUGGAUGGGAGCUGAGCUUGGAGGAGGACGCACAGCUGUGGGGUGGGGUGGUGAAGAGUUGUUUUGAGGUAUCCAUGGGAAGAGGGGUUCUGGAUUUGGUAUCUGGAGCACGUGGGAGGCUGAUGGGAGACUAGAAAGAGUCUGGAAGGCCAGGGAGGCCGGGGUGGGCAGCGUCGUCAGUGACCUGGGAUGUCCUGGCGAAUUGAGAGGGAGGGGCUGAGGAAGGUGUGUGAGGAGAGUGGAGGUGAGGGAUUCUGACAGAUGGACUCCGACCCGGGAGGGUCCUGAGAGGAGAAGACCGGUGAGACAGACGCGUCUUAGCAGGGAAAAGGCCCACAAAGAGAAGCCCAACCAGCCAGCCCCCAGGCCGCCCCGCCAGGGACCCACCAAUGAGGCACAGAUGGCAGCCGCUGCCGCCCUAGCCCGGCUGGAGCAGAAGCAGUCCCGGGCCUGGGGCCCCACGUCGCAGGACACCAUCCGAAACCAGGUGAGAAAGGAACUUCAAGCCGAAGCCACCGUCAGCGGGAGCCCCGAGGCCCCAGGGACCAACGUGGUAUCUGAGCCCAGAGAGGAAGGCUCUGCCCACCUGGCUGUGCCUGGCGUGUACUUCACCUGUCCGCUCACUGGGGCCACCCUGAGGAAGGACCAGCGGGAUGCCUGCAUCAAGGAGGCCAUUCUCUCGCACUUCUCCACCGACCCAGUGGCCGCCUCCAUCAUGAAGAUCUACACGUUCAACAAAGACCAGGACCGGGUGAAACUGGGUGUGGACACCAUUGCCAAGUACCUGGACAACAUCCACCUGCACCCCAAGGAGGAGAAGUACCGGAAGAUCAAGCUGCAGAACAAGGUGUUUCAGGAGCGCAUUAACUGCCUGGAAGGGACCCACGAGUUUUUUGAGGCCAUUGGGUUCCAGAAGGUGUUGCUUCCCGUGCAGGAUCAGGUGACACCCAUGUCCUGCCGCGCUGUAGAGGACCCCGAGGAGUUCUACGUGCUGAGCGAGACCACCUUGGCCCAGCCCCAGAGCCUGGAGAGGCACAAGGAACAGCUGCUGGCUGCGGAGCCUGUGCGCGCCAAGCUGGACCGGCAGCGCCGCGUCUUCCAGCCCUCGCCCCUGGCCUCGCAGUUCGAACUGCCCGGGGACUUCUUCAACCUCACAGCAGAGGAGAUCAAGCGGGAGCAGAGGCUCAGGUCCGAGGCGGUGGAGCGGCUGAGCGUGCUGCGGACCAAGGCCAUGCGGGAGAAGGAGGAGCAGCGGGGGCUGCGCAAGUACACCUACACGCUGCUGCGCGUGCGCCUCCCCGAUGGCUGCCUCCUGCAGGGGACCUUCUACGCUCGGGAGCGGCUGGGGGCGGUGUACGGGUUCGUCCGGGAGGCCCUGCAGAGCGACUGGCUGCCUUUUGAGCUGCUGGCCUCGGGAGGGCAGAAGCUGUCCGAGGACGAGAACCUGGCCUUGAACGAGUGCGGGCUGGUGCCCUCUGCCCUCCUGACCUUCUCGUGGGACAUGGCUGUGCUGGAGGACAUCAAGGCCGCGGGGGCUGAGCCAGACUCCAUCCUGAAACCCGAGCUCCUGUCAGCUAUCGAGAAGCUCUCGUGAAAUAAAAGCAGGGUUGGCCUCAGCCCUGUGGGUCUGUCUCAUGCUCUCCCUGUUCCUCUCCACGCCACCCCAGGGCCUCCAAGCCACCUCUGGAAAUACUUGGCUCUGCCCCAUGGGCACGAGAGGGGCGCCAGCCGUGGAGCUGUGGAACUGGGCCCCGUGGCAGAGCCCCCAUCCCUUGGGGGCUGUGGGGAUGCGCCCAAGCCCCCGAGGGAGAGGCCUGGGGACACCACCAAAUCUAAGCCCUCCCUAGCUGCUUGGUAACUGUGUCAUGAAGCUGCCGGACAGACACACGUGGCAUCUCCCUGGGCAGGAGAGCAGGCCUGCAGCAUGGGUCCCAUUCCCGUGUGCCGUGGGUGGCAGUGGCUGCCCCUGGCGCUAGGGCUGCUCUGUGGAUGUGGGUGACAACCGCAGGAGGGGACGCUGGCCUUCCUGCACAUAGACCUGCAGUUAGUUAGUAAAUCAUAAGCCCAAAUAAACAGGGUGUUUGAAUAUA